AUGCUGGAAUCACGGACGAGUCGUCUCCAAUCACCCGGGAGGUUUGUCCUCUUCGCACUUGCACUGUUGGUGGGUAGUGCUGUUCCAGUGGCCCAGGGUCUUCGAACAACCACGGGGUCACCAUGCAUGAGUGUCUGCCACAAGGAGUCUACCAACACGACAGCGUCCGAGAUUGCCUGCCUGGACGACCAGUACGGACGGGACAAGGGCAAGGGCAAGACUUUUCAAGAUUGCGUCACUUGCCUGUUGGAAAGCACAUAUGUAGACCGGUUAAGUGGCGAGACGGACGUCGAUUGGGGUCUCUAUAACUUGCGCUUUGCAUUCACGACGUGUGUGUUUGGGUACCCUCAAUCAGCGGCAAACAUUUCGACUCCGUGUACGGUCGGGUGUGAAGGCAUUGAGAGUGCCUCCGAGUUGAAUCUUCUCAAUCCCAGUUCUGACAACUUCCAUGACUGGUGCGGCUCGACGGGAUUCGCCGACAACGCCAUCAGCGACUGCGAAUUCUGCUACAAUCAAACUUACCAUAUGGCAUAUCAACAAGUGUUUAUGGCAAACUUCCUUGAAUCGGUUCGGUAUAACUGUCACUUCAAGACGGCCAUUGGCUAUGUCUUUGGCAUUCAGCCAUCGCGGAUUUUCUCCGAUAUUCUUCUCCCAUCGAGUUUGUCCCUCGCAACGACCGCCCCGUCCAAGCCGGGCGUCAACCUGGGCGUCGUAGUUGCCGUGCCCAUUGUGGGACUCCUGGUCAUCGUUCUCGGCCUGGCUGGCUGUUGCUUCUUUUUCAUCCGCUGGCGACGUAACCGGGUCGGGCGUAGCCGACGACACAAUCAGCCCUUUGGUGCUUGGCCGGACCCUUCUCAGCUCCCGUUUCACCAAGGCCCCGGUGGUCAGGUUUUCGCUCAACCGACGCAUGAGAGUGCAUACGGUACGCAGAACUCCGAGUAUGGACCCGGGUUUGGCAUUUCCGUGGCCCCCAGUCAUGGACCCGCCGUCGGUCAUGUCCAUGAUGAUUCCAAAAAUGUGUAUUCGUAUGAGCUCCGGGAGACUUCGCCCUCAAACUAUCAUGCCACAUCUCAGAUGAGCGGGUAUGGGUACGAGGCGGAUCACAAGACCCCGUACGCGGACCAGACCACACAGUCGUCGUCGCCACCUUCGUCGUAUGUUUCGCCGCAGGCGGGCUAUGGGCAGUAUGAGCCUGACAAAAAGCCACCUCUGUGA